GGCUCCAGUGAAUCAGCUGACGAAUGGUAUCUCCCUCCUCUCGCGGAUGGAUCGCGCCGCUGAAGCCGGGCAGCCUGAGCGCUGACACAGGAGCAGGUUGCCCACCGCCCGCUCUCCUCUCCUCUCCUGCUGCUGGAUGUCUCACCGACCGACCCUCAAGUGAAACAUUUCGCUACCCUGCCUCCCAAAAACAAGGUUACUUUGUUUUAUUUUUCCACCCCGGGCAGGAAGCUACCCGCUUCCCCUCACCAUGGCUUCCAACUUCAACGACAUAGUCAAACAGGGAUACGUGAGGAUACGGAGUAAGAAACUGGGGAUCUUCCGGAGGUGUUGGCUGGUGUUCAAGAAGGCCUCCAGUAAAGGACCCCGACGGUUAGAGAAGUACCCAGAUGAGAAGGCAGCCUAUUUCAGGAGCUUCCACAAGAUCACUGAGCUCCAUAACAUCAAGAACAUUACCCGGAUGCCGCGGGAGACAAAAAAGCACGCUGUGGCGAUCAUCUUCUGUGACGACACAUCCAAGACAUUUGCCUGUGAAUCAGAGCUGGAUGCAGAGGAAUGGUGUAAGCUGCUGUGCGUGGAGUGCCUGGGCAGCCGUCUCAACGACAUCAGCCUGGGAGAGCCAGACCUGUUAGCGGCGGGGGUGCAGCGGGAGCAGAACGAGCGUUUCAACGUGUACCUAAUGCCCACCCCAAAUCUGGACAUCUACGGGGAGUGCACCAUGCAGAUCACCCACGAAAACAUCUACUUGUGGGACAUUCACAACGCACGCCUCAAACUUGUCAUGUGGCCCCUCAGCUCCCUGCGCAGAUAUGGACGAGACUCCACCUGGUUCACUUUUGAGUCCGGAAGGAUGUGUGACACAGGAGAGGGUUUGUUCACGUUCCAGACGCGGGAGGGGGAGAUGAUCUACCAGCGGGUCCACUCGGCCACGCUGGCCAUUGCCCAGCAGCAUGAGAGGAUGAUGGAGGAGAUGGAGAAGAGAUCCCAGAUCCACCCCAGAGAGACGCUAACCAAGUCCAUCUCCCUGCCACGCAGCGCCUACUGGCAGCACAUCACGCGUCAGAACAGUGUGGGAGAUCUCUACAGUUACCAAGGAAGCGGCCUGACAAUGACUUUUAUCCCUCGAGCACAGACGUUCCCCAGCUUUCUGUCUGAUGAGCAGGAGGAGAGCCAGCACCAGGAAGAGGCGCCGUCGCCCUCUAGUGGCUGUGAAUCCAGUUGCAGCCUGAGACCCCUUCAAUGACAGAGAGUUGCUCCACCAAAACUGGACACUUUACCCACCACUGUAGAGAGGAUGUAGAAAUAUGUAUAGUGACAUGUGUAAUAUAUCAUUUCCUGUCGAAACUAUAGUGUCAACUGUAGAGCGAGUGGCGCACAGAAAGGAUCCUGAAGAGGAGCUUCUUCUGUGUGAGUUGUGUGACAGCAGCAGUAGCUUCAAAGAUCACACCAAAAAUCCUGUAAGUGUAGUUUUAAAGUGUUUUAUGUUGUUGUUUUACUGUUGAAGCCAGCAGGACCGCCUUCUUUUUUCUUUCUUUUUUUUUUUUUUUUAAAUCAUUGCACUACAAGAAGUUUGAGGUACAAACACACCAAGGCCCACUGUAAAACAAUGCUAAGAAAGCUUUUUGUUCUGAAGUUGAUGAAAUCACACGUGGCUCGUUCCAACAUUGUGCAGCCUCAGCAGCCAUUUCAAGAGAAACGCCACCAUUUUUGACACAUAACCCUCCCACACUUACUGUACUUCGCUCCCUCUCCAGAAUGUGAAAUUGAUCAAUGCCUUACACAGGAGCAGCUUGACUUUGAUGGCAGUGAUGAAUCAGCUAAAGCCCUUAAUCGGUUACAACCAGCAAAGGGAAAAAGUCAUUCAGAAGUGUAAUUCAGUGAUACAGGAGUGGACCGUCAUGUCAGAAAUGAUCGAAUGCAACCUUCUCACAGCCUCUACUUUAAACUGCCAACCCUACAUUACACUAGCAGGGCUAUUUGAGUUUAAUAGCUCCCCAGCUCCUCUCCAGCCUCACAUACAGUAUCUGGUUCAUUAGCAAAAAGUAGAGAAGGGAGAUGUUGGUGAUCUGAUGGGGCGACUUAUGCAAGAUGUAGAUAGGCCUUUUUCACAGAGGACAUUUUGACUUGUCACAGUGGGAAGUGCAGUGUAAUUAAUGAAAUUAAUGAUGGCCAGCUGCUUGGAUUUCAGGUUCCUGGUGUCCUACAUGUUGGCUCACUCAAGCUGGAGCACUUGAACACAACAGAGCCAGCGUUAGCAUGAAUACAGGUUGAACUGUUUGCUGUCACAAAGGCCUAUUGUGGCAAAACAUCUUGGUAAUUUUUGCCCUGCUGGUAUGCUAUGUUCAUACGAGAUUUAAAUUUACAGAAAUAUUAGCAUUAAUGUUUCACUGAGAAAAUCUGUGCUCAGUGAAAUACACAAAAAAAAAGGCAAAAGUCAUUAAAAGAAUAGACAUUUUGGUAAAUAUGCUUUCUCGUCAAGAUUGAGAUGAGAAAUCCAAAACCACUAUUAUGUUUGUACGUUAAAUAUGUAGCAACAGCCAGUAGGUGCUUUGCUUAGCUUAUCUUAGAAUAAAGACUGAAAAUGGGGAAACAGCUAGCAUGGCUUUGGCUAAGGCUAACAAAGUCCAUCCACCUGCACCUGUAAAACCACAACUUGUUUUUACACUGGUUUUUGUACAGAAUAAACAAAUGAGAUAUAACAUGUCAGUGUGCUUAGGAGGUGCUGGUAGGUGGAUUUUUGGGCUAGCUGUUCACCCCAUUUCAGUUUUUGCGCUAAGCUAACUAAAGUCCCUUUCCAACCGCACAAAAACCCACUAAAAGUUGCUAACAUCUGGCUUUUUUGUUUGAUGGUAAAGGUUAUAAUUGGCAGUUACUCCUUGGUCAAAUGACUGCAGUAGUCACGGGUACUUAUCAGCCCCAGCCGAUCGGCUUUUAGCUUUUCAUACUAAGUUUUGCCCCUUUGCCAGCAAUGCAAUGAUAGGCUGCCACAAAAUACCGUCUUUCUCCAUUCAAGCAGCGGCCAAACAUUGUUCCAAAUUUAGUCUGCACCGACAUUUUAACUGGCCUCCAUGCUGCUUUCUACUGUUUACCCAGUAAACAUUAGCUAUGUUUCCAUCCAAAAGUGAUUC